AUGUCCAUGUCAACGACGUCGUCAAUGAAGAGACGACGACAUCAGAAUAUUUAUGAUCAUCAUCAUCAUCUCUCCUGUGAUUGGAGACAGAGAGGAGGAGCAGCCGGAGUCCUUGCCGGACAUCCCCUCGACACGGUGAAGGUUCGCCUUCAAACCCAACAUGGACCGACUCCACAGUACCGUGGAACCUUCCACUGUUUCAAGCUGAUUGUUCAGAAGGAGGGGUUCCGUGGUCUCUACAAAGGAAUGUCAUCUCCACUCCUCUCUCUAUCUGCAAUCAACGCGAUAGUGUUCGGAGUUCACGGUGGAACAUGUAGAAAGAUGGAGGACCCCAACUCGAUUACAUCUCACUUUGUGGGAGGUGCCGCUGCUGGAAUGGCACAGAGUGUGAUCGCCGCACCAACGGAAAGGAUAAAGUUGCUUCUGCAGAUUCAGGAUGAUAAGACUAAAACUAAGUUUAAUGGUCCGAUUGAUGCAACGAAACAGUUGAUAAAGACGCAUGGAUUGAAGUCGUUGACAAGAGGAUUCCUUGCAACAGUAGCUCGAGAUGCUCCAGCAUUCGGUGUCUACUUUGCCUCGUAUGAAUGGAUGACGAGGACGAUGUCCAAGGACGGGACACUCUCAAGUGCUCAACUCUUGUUUGCUGGUGGAUCCGCUGGAAUGUUGUCAUGGCUCUUUAACUACCCAACUGAUAUUGUAAAGUCGAGAUUUCAAGCAGAUAGUUCGUACAAAUCGUACAUGCAUUGUAUUAAACAAACAUAUGCUGAACGAGGAUACAGAGCAUUCUUUGUUGGACUCAAUUCUGCACUUAUCAGAGCCUUCCCAUCCAACGCAGCCACAUUCUUCACCGUCGAAUGGACGUAUCGUCUCCUUCUUGACUUCAAUCUUCUCAGCAACGUCACUAAAGAAGCCGAGAAAAUCUGUGCUGAAAGUCAACUUCUUCCGAUCACUCAAUUCCCUCCUGCACCUCCACGUAAAGAUGACAAGACGUUUGUCACUGAGAAAUGCAAACGUCUUCUAACUCAAACCGACUUCUGGGCCUCCAACGGACAUUUCUUGCUUCCAGAAGCCGGCUCCACAAUUGUCGAUCCGAUGCUUCAUGGAUAUCGAUUCUUCUGA